AUGGUCUUCCUGAAAGUCGCCACGCCAGCCGUGGCCGUGGCCGUGUCUCUCUUCUCGCUGCCGUCGGCCUCAGCUUCGCUCACCGCCGGCAACUGCACCGCGCCGUUUGUGCCCAUCACGGCCACCGAGUUUGUCCAGAACCUCAACCCGGGCUGGAACCUGGGCAACACGCUCGACGCCGUCCCCGACGAAGGCUCCUGGAACAAUCCCAAGGUGACGCCGGACGUGUUUGCCACGGUCAAAGCGUCCGGCUUCCGCAGCGUGCGCAUCCCCGUGACGUAUGCGGACCACUUUGUAAGUGGCAGCCCGGCGUGGACGAUCAACAGCACGUGGCUGGCGCGCGUCGCCGAGGUGGUGCAGAUGGCCACCGACGCCGGCUUGUAUGUGGUGACCAACAUGCACCACGACUCGUGGCGGUGGGCGGACGUGACCAAGGAGGGCGCGAACCAGACGGAGAUUGCGGAGAAGUUUGCGGCGGCGUGGCGCCAGAUUGCGCGGACGCUGGCGUGUGCGCCGUCGUCGGUCGCGCUGGAGCCCAUCAACGAGCCGCCGGCCAAUACGGCCGAGGACGGCCAACGGCUCAACCACUUGAAUCAGCUGUUUCUGGCGGCCUUGACCGACGGGCACAACCCGCAGCGGGUGGUGACGCUGGUGGGCGGUGGUGAGGACGCGGAGAAGUCGUCCUUGUGGUUCGAGCGGCCGGCCAACACGACGACGAACCCGUGGACGAUUCAGUUUCAUUAUUACAGUCCAUGUAAGCCCAUGACGUGGACGAACAAAGCGAGGGAGGAUGGAGGACGGCGAACGAGCGGAGCGAACUCCUUCAUCUUUGGGGCGUGGGGCAAGACGAUCUGGGGCUCCGAGGACGACAAGGCGGCCGUCGUGUCCGACCUCACGGCGAUCCACAACAACUUUACCGAUCUGCAUCUCGUGCUCGGCGAGUUCGAUGCAAGCCCGACCAACGUCGAGGCCAGUGCCCGGUGGCGGUACACGGACUUCUUGGUGCGCACCGCACGGUCGCUCAACAUCAGCGUCAUGUAUUGGGACAACGGCAUCGACAACCUGGACCGCGCGGCGGAGCAGUGGCGCGACCCAACGAGCGCCGACCUGGUUGUCAGCGCGGCCACCGCAAAGCCGGGCGUGGUCAACAGCCUGCCAGCCGGGACGACAAACGACACGGGUGCGGCGGCCACGACACAGGCGACGUCGGCGUACGUGUUCCAGCGCGUGGGCGCGCCGAUCACCGACCAGGCACUGCCGUACCUGUUCAACGGCAACAACGUGACGGCCAUCCGCGACGGCAGCGCUGCUCUUGCGGCCGGAAACGACUACGCGGUCAACAGCACGCACAUUCUCUUGAGCGCGUCGUACCUCGCCAAGCACUUUGCUCCCACCGCCCCAGCCGGCAUCCGGGCCAACCUCACCAUUGUCUUUUCCGGCGGCGCCGUCGCCAUGCCGCUGCAGCUCGUGCUCUGGGACGUGCCCGUGCUGGCCUCCACCACGUCCGUCGCCAGCCUCAACACCAGCGCGGACGACGAUCUCGCCAUCCCCGUGGCCUACAAGGGGCUGCCGCUCGUCGCUGCCGUCCGCCUGACGUCGCUCAACGGCACGGGCCUCGUCGACACCUGGACGCAGUACCUGGGCCCGCUCCAGCAGCAGCGCGCCACCUACAACAGCCACUGGAAGUUUGACGAGGGGCACGUCAUCAUCACGGCCGAUGCACUCAAGACGGUCGUGGCCACGCGAGAGCCGGCCGUGUUCACAUUUGAGUUUUAUCCGCGCACGCCGGGAAAUGCAGUGAACUACACCUUGACUGUGUAG